AUGGAAACACUCAAGAACCCUUCUCCCACCACCAAAGCAACCAAAGCAAUUUCAGCACGUAGAUUUGUUGGAGUGAGGCAAAGACCAUCAGGACGAUGGGUAGCGGAAAUAAAAGACUCUUCUCAACGAGUAAGGUUAUGGCUUGGAACAUAUGAUACGCCUGAAGAAGCUGCUAGAGCCUACGAUGAGGCUGCUCGUGCUCUACGUGGAGAAAAUGCUCGAACAAACUUUGCCUCCUCUGUUAAUAAUAAUAAUAAUAAUAAUCUUAAUUCCAACCAAUCUAAUGGUGGGUUCGUGUCGGAAUCUGAUGGAAGGCAUGGUCUUAGCUUUUCUUCAUUGAAGGCUAAAUUAAGCAAGAACUUACAGAAUAUUAUGGCUAGAACAACAGAGACUAAGUCCACAAAGAAUAGAGUGAGUGAUCACUUCACUUUUGCUAGCAUAUUCCAUUUUAGAAGCCAACAAUACCAAAAGCCAGUCAAUAUAAAAAAUAUAGAGAAAGUGGUGCAACCAAGCAUCAUUGUUCCUCAUGCAGCAGAUGAGCCUUCUUCAUGGGAAACCUCAAGUGUUUCAGAUUGUAGUAACGAAUGGAUCGGGUUCAGGCAACUUGGGCUUGACUCAGAUGGCUCGGAUAUUGGUGAAGUUAGUAUCGGUGAUGGAGGGUUUUCAGAGCAAAUGAUGGGUUGGAUUGAUAGCCCGGAGAUUAGUGGUUGUAGCAAUGAAGGUUCGAGGAGCAAGAGGUUUAAGGUUUCGUCUUCUGUGGUGGUUCCUCCAACUUUUGAGUCUCCAUCCUUUUGUGCGUUCCCAUUUCAUGGUGAGAACUGA